AUGUCCUCCAGGAUUACUCGCUCAGCCGCGAGAUUAGCUGCAGAACCCACUCCACCCGUCAGCUCUGGUCCGUCUCCUGCAAUUCCCGCCGCUGGUUCGGCCCCAAGUCGGAAGCGUAAAGCCCCCGCACGAAGCGAUCGAUCUGUGGAAGCCCCCGGACAGCCGAAUCCCCCAUCUCCUCAGCGGAGAGCCAAGAAACAGCGGCGUGCAGCUUCCCCCCAACCGGCGGUCGCGUCUGCUGCUCCACGUCGUGGUACCCGAAAUCGUCCCGCUAUGUCCCAACCCGGUCCAUCCUCGCGCCCAACGGAGGAGUCAUCGAAGAACCAGGCGUCACCUCCGGCAUCCAGACGGAAAUCUAGCAGAAAUGGGAAAGUGUCACAAGGUAAGGUUACACUGACAAUGCUCGAGGGUGUCUUCGCAACCCUGUUUCCCACAGAUCAAGUGACCCGGUUAACACACUCUCUCCUGUCAGAUCGCCUUUCAGCUGCCCAAUCCCCUCCACCUCGGCGCCAACAGAAGAGACGGUCAUCUAGAAAUAAUCCAGAUGUCAUCAUGAAGGAAGCGGACGAGGAUUUGGAAAGACGUGAAAGGAGUGAGGAGCGAGAUUCAUCCCCGCCAAGUGAUAGCAACGAUGGAACCAAUCAUUCGGGCCUUGAUGAUGACGACGGGGAUUUGUUUCACAAUAGCCUCUUUGGCUCGCGUAGUCCCUUGGGUCUUCAGAGCACCCUGCGUGCUCUGUCUGGGAUGAUGACAGGCAUGUCAUCCCGCUUGCGAGAAAUUUUGUGCAAUCUCAGGGCGAAGGAUGAUCCAUCCAUCCAAUUGAUCGCUCUGCAGGAGCUUUCGGAUCUCUUACUCGUAUCCAAUGAGGACAAUCUUUCCGGCCAAUUCUCUCCUGAUCCGUAUGUAAAGGAGUUGGUCUCCUUGAUGCAGCCAACCGAUUUCGGAGAAGAAAACCCCGAAAUUAUGCUCCUUGCAUGUCGUUGUUUGGCGAACUUGAUGGAAGCUCUACGUGGCUCUGUGGCCAACGUGGUCUACGGGGGUGCUGUGCCGAUCCUGUGUCAGAAGCUGUUGGAUAUUCAGUUCAUUGACCUGGCCGAGCAAGCCUUGAGUACCCUAGCCAAAAUCUCUGUAGAUUUCCCUGCCUCUAUUGUUCGCGAGGGUGGCUUGACUGCUUGCCUAACCUAUCUCGACUUCUUCCCGACUAGUACGCAACGUACCGCGGUGACUACGGCAGCAAACUGCUGCCGUAACCUUCCACACGAUUCCUUCCCCGUGGUACGGGAUGUAAUGCCUACACUCCUAAAUGUUCUAUCUAGCAAUGACCCCAAAGUGAUGGAGCAGGGCUGUUUGUGUGUUUCCCGAAUCGUGGAGAGCUUCAAGCAUAAACCCGGGAAAUUGGAGGAACUCAUCGAACCGGCAAUGUUGAAGGCGGUGCUCCGUCUGUUGUUGCCAGGCACUACCAACCUAAUUGGCGCGCACAUUCAUACUCAGUUCCUCCGCGUCCUAGCAAUUGUGUCAAAAGCCAGCCCAAGGUUGUCUGUAGAUCUAUUGAAGAUGAAUGUGGUCGAUACUCUAUACCAAAUCUUGACUGGUGUAUCCCCGCCAGGAAACCUGGAAGACACAACCGUCAGGAUGGACAGUGUGCUUGUGAUGCAAGCCCUGAUACAUCGGCCCAAGGAGCAGGUUAUUGAAACCCUAAAUGUGAUUUGCGAGAUAUUACCUGGGGUUCCUGGCCGACAUGUAUCGCAGGCCGACGGAUGGCUUAGUUCCCCUCUCGACAGCGACCCGGCUCUUGGUUUGAAGUCCCCUAAGGCGAAAGAAUCAGCGGAGAAGAGACGCUCGCUAUUACUGGAAUGCAAGCGCGAGCUCAAACGCUUUGCUACGAUCUUGCUGCCAACUCUGACCGAUGCUUACUCGAGUACUGUCAACUUAGAGGUUCGGCAAAAGGUUCUCAUCGCCCAGCUUAAGAUGUUGCAUCAUCUAGACGCCGGCCUGGUCGAGGAAGCUCUGCGAUCCGUGCCGUAUGCCUCGUUCUUGGCUGCAAUUUUGUCUCAGAAAGACCAUCCAUCUUUGGUCUCGUCAGCUCUGCGAUGCUCUGAACUUCUCUUUCAGCGCUUGGAGCACGUCUAUCAGUACCAGUUCCACCGCGAAGGUGUUAUUUCGGAGAUCUUUAAGCUAGCGGAGGGGCUGCUGUCGGAUGAGGAGCAAACCAAAUCCUCUCAUGAUUCGUCCGCUGCCAUGGACAUGUCAGGAGAUUCACGUCGGGAAGCCGAAGAUGCUGACGUCCCGGCUGACGAUGAUACUCACGACGAUGACUACGAUGAGCAAGAUGAUGACCGGGACGAUAACGACGGCAUGUCGGAAUCGGAUAGCUCUUCAUUAUCUGGUCAAGUACUCUCUACGAGAGUAGACAAUGCCAUGAAGGAUCUCGUCAUCCGCGAUGCCCGGACGUUUGUUCAACUUUACGAAGCUAGCCAUGGCAAGGACUUGCGGGACAAAGCCCAGGGUGUCUUGACCGAAUUGCAAACUCUUGCCUCCAAUAUAGAAGCCUGUUAUAGUGGGGACGGAAAUGAGGAGGGUCUUCCGCUUUUCAGGCAAUUGGCCGCGUAUUUCGACGGUGAUGCUUUGGAGAGUAUCACCAGCUCUGAACUGCUAAACUCGGGUGUCAUCAAAGUGUUGCUGGACGUGUUUGGUGACUUCAACUCUUCAUCAAUGCGCAAAGCCCGUGCUUCUUUUCUGCAAGCCUUCAUGGGCUCUACAAUUUCCGAAAAAGCCCAAAGCCAAAGCACUGCUACAACCCCAUUUAGUGUUCUAGUACAAAAAUUGCAGGAUUUGCUCAGCCGGACUGAGCAUUUCGAAGUGAUCACUGUCAGCCACAAUUCUUUGGAGAACACGCGUAGCAAUGCUGCAAAUAUGCUUGGAAAACAGCUCAGGCUUAAGUUAGUGGCUGAUGAUGACUCUGAUAUUCCCCGUUCCUAUCGGAACAUAAUGGUGUCGAUCCACGCCAUCGCCACGUUCAAAGCCUUGGAUGAUUUUCUCCAUCCAAGGAUUAGUUUGUCCGAUCGGCCAAAACCGUCCCGCAGCCGGGAAUCUUUAUUUUCACAGAUUGCUAACGCCGCGCGACUUCGAGAUCAGCUCACUGGCCAGGGCGAGUUCACUGGCGGUGAUAUUCCACCUCUACCGCGACCGAACACGACAUCAGACAGAUCUUCGCUCCCUGAAGACUCGCAACUCAAUGCACAGGAGUCGUCGACUGAAGGUCGCGAGCGUAGCUCAAGAUCCAGACGUUCAGGUCGACAUCAACAAACUUCAGAAGCUCCUACCCAUGAUGAUGAGCCUUUGGAGUGCGCGGAUGAGAGACAUCUGAGUGACGAUGAUGACGAAGAUGACGGUGACGACGGCGAACUGAAUGCCAUCAUGGAUGAUUUGGACGACGAUCUUUCCGAAGACAAUGCUCCCGACCCGACAGCAGUGAACAUGGAGGUAGCCUCCUCAGGUAAGGUAACUGCUCGAAAGGAAGAUGGAACACGUGUGGCCACUCCGUCGCAUUCCACCCCAGCUUCCAAGACAUCGUCAUCCGCCGCUAGCACUACUCCGAACGCCGCUGGCAACAAUUCUCUUGCCACGGCUGGCCGCCCCUUCUCUUCCUACGCUGCUGCAAUGGCUUCUAUCCCUUCAGACUGGCAUCUAGAGUUCAGCGUGGAUGGCCAGCCUAUCACUGGUGACACCACAAUAUACCGCGCUGUUCACCACAGCCGGCAAUUCUCAGAUCCUAACGGAAGGCACGUGUGGUCUGCUGUGCAUACCGUCAAGUUCAGGCGGGUGCCGGGCCCCCCUCCCCCAGAGCCCACGGCCCUCACACUCGGUACGCUCGAGUCCUCCAAGGCUGUUAACGCGGAGAUGCCACCCUCCCUCAGCCAAGGUGCAACAACAGCAUCGAUCCUUCAGCUACUUCGACUUCUGCACGAAAUGAAUGCCACACUGGAUGAUAUUCUCACUGAAAGCAAGGCGCUUGUCGCACUCAAGCCCGAAGCCCUUGCGCAAUUCAUCAAUACUAAACUUACGGCCAAGCUCAACCGACAGCUAGAGGAGCCAUUGAUCGUAGCGAGCAGCUGCCUUCCCAGCUGGAGCGAAGAUCUCGCCCGCCUCUUCCCUUUCCUCUUUCCAUUUGAGACACGCCAUUUGUUCCUCCAGUCGACUGCUUUUGGCUACUCGCGAGCGAUGAUGAGGUGGCAAAAUUCUCAAAAUGGCGAUGAUAGUCGUAACGAUCACCGGCGCGAUGAUCGACCAUUCCUCGGCCGUCUCCAGCGACAGAAGGUUCGCAUCUCAAGAAGCCGUAUCCUAGAGUCUGCUAUGAAAGUCAUGGAACUCUAUGGAUCUUCUCCCAGCGUCCUGGAAGUGGAGUACUUUGAAGAAGUGGGUACAGGAUUAGGGCCGACUCUGGAAUUCUACUCUACUGUCUCCAAAGAAUUUUCGAAGAAGAAACUCAAAAUCUGGCGAGAAAAUGAUUGCAACGAUUCCGAGGAGUUCGCUUUUGGCAAGCGUGGUUUGUUCCCUUCCCCUAUGAGCGAAGAGCAUGCCGCGUCGGAGUCCGGGAAGAAACAAUUACAUUUGUUCAAGGUCCUCGGCAAGUUUGUAGCUCGCUCGAUGCUCGAUUCUAGGAUUAUCGAUGUCUCCUUCAACCCUGCAUUUUUCCGCAUUGCUAAUAGCUCAUCCUCCGUCGCUCCAUCAAUCGGCACGGUCAAGGCAGUUGAUCAAGACCUAGCAAACUCAUUGCUCCUGUUGAAACGCUUCGCCAAUGCGAAGGCAGAAGUCGAGAACAAGGUGCGUUCGGAGCCUCAGAAGAGGCAGGCCCUACUGGAUAUUGAAAUAGACGGGGUCAAGGUUGAAGAUCUAAGCCUAGACUUCACCCUGCCCGGCUACCCAUCCAUUGAAUUGAUUAAGGAUGGAUCUAAUACCCCAGUGACAAUCGAAAACGUUGAUAUGUAUAUUGAGCGGCUCGUGGAUAUGACGUUGAGUAGUGGUGUCCAGCGUCAAGUGGAAGCAUUCCGAGAGGGAUUUUCGCAGGUGUUCCCAUAUUCGGCUCUUCGUACUUUCACGCCGGCAGAACUCGUGAUGUUGUUUGGAAGAGCAGAGGAGGAUUGGACCAUUGAAACACUUAUGGAUUCUAUCAAAGCCGAUCAUGGCUUCAACAUGGACAGUCGCAGCGUGCGGAAUUUGCUUCAAACGAUGAGCGAGUUGGAUACGCAGCAACGCCGAGACUUCCUUCAAUUCGUCACUGGUAGUCCCAAGCUCCCCAUUGGAGGCUUCAAGAGUCUCACUCCAAUCUUUACUGUUGUCUGCCGUCCGAGCGAGCCGCCAUACACCCCCGACGACUAUCUCCCUAGUGUUAUGACGUGUGUAAAUUAUCUGAAAUUGCCGGACUACAGCAGCUUGGAAGUCCUCCGAACACGGUUGUCUGUCGCUAUCCAAGAAGGACAGGGAGCAUUCCACCUGUCUUGA